AUGAGUGCGUCUGAAGUCCCCAUUCGAGAUCGGCUUUUUGUCGGCCAAGACGAUCAACCUUAUGACUUCUAUUUGUGUCCCCCUCUUGACACUAACAACGAUUUGAUUCAAAUGGUGGUCGAGCACGGUGGCUCUGUAGUGGAUGAUCUUUCCCUUGAAUGCAUUGUCAUUUCCAGUGAAGGAUAUGAUGUUCCAGAGAAUUUAAAAGAUGCCCAUAUCUACUCCUAUAAGGCUAUUGAGGACUCAGUAGCCAAUGGUAUCCAGAUGGAUUUUGCCCAUUAUUUAAUCCAUGCUCCUCCUCCAGAGCCGGAUUUUCAACAGCAAGAAAUUACAGCGGCGGAACCUCAAGUUGAGCCCAAGCAGAAUGGUAGCAACAACGAUAAUAAUGACGAUGAGGUCAAUCCGUUUUUAGACAUUGAUCCAGAAUAUCCAACAGAGGUGCCAAACAGCGACCCCCCUCCAAUUGGUGCAGAAUCCGGCCUUAGUGCUGAUCUACCCACAGUUCAACAGUCUAAAGCAACGGCUGUGUUCCCGAAACAUCAUGGUGUGAAAUAUUUCACCCCAGAAGAAGAUGCCUUUCUAUUAGAGGAAAUCCGGAAGAGACCCUGGUUAGGGUUUAAAGGUCAUCAAAUUUACAAAGAGAUUUGCGAGUUGAGUUUCUUUCAAAAGCGGGAAAGAACGUCUGCUUCGCUACGAGAGCGGAUUAGAACACUUAAGUAUCACGUGGGAUAUGUCUACAGUGCAGAUAAAGAUCACAAGCUCUUGGUCGACGAGGACGGUAAGUACGUGCGGUCGUUCUUGAUAAAGGCCUGCGUUCAGCCAUUUACAGCGGCUGACGAUUUUGGCCUUUGUAAAGUAGUCUACGGAAAGCUUAGUCCGAAACCUAAUAGCACGGGCUUUGAAACAGUCUAUUUCCCUACAAAUUUCUUUGACAAAUACGGAGCUAUGUUUCCUCAGCAUAGUCCAGAAUCGUGGCGUCAAAGAUUCAAGAAUUACUUGGCUAUAUUUGGAGUGGCCAACUAUCUCAAGUACUUUAUAAUGGAGAAGCAGCAGGGAAACGAUCCCCUACCGAGCAACUCUGCCAACCGAGACUGGAUCAAAGCACGUCGUAGUCUGCGCAAAACGGACGGUCCAAGGCUCUAUUUCCCCAACAUACCUGACGAGGAUCAGUUUAUUGAUGAUAAUAUUGAUACCAUUCUUGUACCAGAACUCGAGGGUAAGAACCUUGACGUUUUCACGCCCAUGGCUUGGACCGAAAACAAAGAGGAUGGUAACGAGGCACCUCCUUCCAAACGCCAACGGGUUUCAAAUUCCACAGAACCAACAGCACCAGAGUCGAUUACAAGGUUUGUGGAUACUCCUACAACAUACUUCCGUGAAGCAACGUUUGCGAAAUUCUAUGAGAAGGAAGGAGAGCCGAUAGACCUUGACGAAGUGAUUCCUAGAAAGGAUAGCUUCCUAACAGAUGUGGCGAACGCUUUGAAAUUGGAGGAACUAACAGCAUCGAAUAUGCUCAAGGCGCUCAACAAAGUAGGUGUCAAGAAGUAUUAUGCGAUGUUUCUCAUAUAUCGAUGCGGAUCUAAAGAGUGGUUGGUACAAAAAUCAAUUAAAAGGUAUGUGGAAACAAACGGACAGGAACUUCUCUGUAUAAGUCCAGGUGCUUGGUCGAAUAAAGCGAUUGACUGGUUAGAACUGAAGAACAAGCAUCUUAACGACUUGCUCAAAGCGUACCAUGGAGAAGAGGACUUUAACAUCCAAGUGGCAGCUUUCAAGAAGUCCCAUUCCAUCAAUUUAUAG